AAAUGCAGCGGGAUUUAGUGAGUUUGCCCCUAUCCCCAGCGGUGAGGGUGAAGCUGGUGUCUGCAGGUUUCCAGACUGCUGAGGAACUACUAGAGGUGAAACCCUCCGAGCUCAGCAAAGAAGUUGGGAUAUCUAAAGAGGAAGCCUUAGAAACGCUGCAAAUUAUAAGAAGAGAAUGUCUCACAAAUAAAACAAGUUAUUCUGGUACAGCUGAGUCAGGCAAGAAGUGCACAGCGCUGGAACUUCUUGAGCAGGAGCAUACCCAGAGUUUCAUAAUUACCUUCUGUUCAGCACUAGAUAAUAUUCUUGGGGGUGGCGUACCCUUAACCAAAACAACAGAAAUUUGUGGUGCACCAGGUGUUGGAAAAACACAAUUAUGUAUGCAGUUGGCAGUAGAUGUGCAGAUACCAGAAUGUUUUGGAGGAGUAGAAGGUGAAGCAGUUUUUAUUGAUACAGAGGGGAGUUUUAUGGUUGAUAGAGUGGUAGACCUUGCUAAUGCCUGCAUUCAGCACCUGCAGCUUAUAGCAGGAACACAUAUGGGAGAAGAGCACCCAAAAGCUUUGCAGGAUUUCACUCUUGAAAAUAUUCUUUCCCAUAUUUAUUAUUUUCGUUGUCGUGACUACACAGAGCUACUGGCACAAGUUUAUCUGCUUCCAGACUUCCUUUCAGAACACUCAAAGGUUCGAUUAGUGAUAGUGGAUGGUAUUGCUUUUCCUUUUCGUCAUGACCUAGAUGACCUAUCCCUUCGUACUCGGUUACUAAAUGGCCUAGCGCAGCAAAUGAUCAGCCUUGCAAAUAACCACAGAUUAGCUGUAAUUUUAACCAAUCAGAUGACAACAAAGAUUGAUAAAAAUCAGGCCUUGCUGGUUCCUGCACUGGGGGAAAGUUGGGGGCAUGCUGCUACAAUACGACUAAUCUUUCAUUGGGACCAGAAGCGAAGGUUGGCAACAUUGUACAAAUCACCAAGCCAGAAGGAUGCUACAGUACCAUUUCAAAUCACACCUCAGGGAUUUAGAGAUGCUGUUGUUGCUACUGCAUGUCCAUUGCAAACAGAAGGUUCAUUGAAUAUCCGGAAGCGGUCACGGGACUCAGAGGAAGAAAAGGAAUCCAAAGACUAGUCUCAGAGUAUACAUAUGUAUUGAUGCUGUGAGAGAUGCAGUGCUUACAAGUAGUAGACUCGUUAGUUUAGAAUAUAAACACUAUGGCGUGAAUGAAUCCAGUCUAUAUUAAGUGAAUGGUGAAUGAAUGGAUCAGGUCUAUAUUAAGUGAAAAUACUUAACAAAUAGGAUUCUCUGAAAGAGUUUUUCUAAACUAAGCAGUGUUCUACAGUUGUAUUUAACCCUGUUUUCAUUUUCAGUAACAUUCAGCAGAGAUGAUACAGUUAUUGUAUUUUGCAAAUGUGGAAAGCUGAUCGCUUGUGACCAAUCUGAAUUUAAUAUUCAGACUGUUUUCUCCUCCUUUCUUUGCCAAUUGCCUAGACAUUUCUAGGAAGAAAAGGUUUUUUUCACAUUCCUAUUGUGCUCUCCUCUUUAAAUGUAGCUUUGAUAAUUCUUAAAAAUGACAUGUUUCUAUUAUGAAGAAAAGCCAGCACCAUGAGUCAGCAUAUCAUUACAUUCAGUUUAUGAGUAGGAUACACAUUUUGGAUGACCAGUCUGAUUUUCGUGACCCCAAUCCUAAAAUCUAAGUCAUUUGUUCAUUUUUUAAUGUUAUUUUGUAACAUUAAAGGAAGGACUUUAGAGUUGUUAUCCCAUCUAGAACAUUGACUGGAACAUAUAUCUAUGUUGUCAAGUUGAUAAGCUCACAGUCAUUUAUUUCUAUAUUUUUGAAACAUGGUGUGAUCCAGUUCUAGGUGUAUUGACAUUUUCCUUUGAAUAAUCUUAAUACUGCUUGAAUAAAUUAAAAAUUUGGAUUCUUGAGUGGUUUCAAAAUUUAAAAAUGUUUUGGUACCUGGUUCUUAGUGCUUCUUAAUUCAUUUACAAAAUUUACUUUGACUCCCAGUGGAAGAAAAUUAUUUAAGUAAUUGAAUAUUAUAUACCGUGACAACCAUAUUUUCCAGACUUCAGUGACAGUUGGUAUUUCCUGUCCCAGACUGAACACUAAAUUCAUAAAAUUUAAAAAAUGUAAUUAUUCUGUAAUUGAUUAUACAUAGACUAACCAUAGUUGGCAAGGACUUUUUAAAGAAUGAAAAUAGGCACUGCUAACAGUUAUACCAGGACAUAAAUCAGGACUGUCCCAGGCAAAUCAGGCUUAUGGUCAUCCUAAUUAUGUAAGACUAAUUUCAAAUGACUACUUUAGUAUGGGAUAGCUAAUUGUAACUAUCUUAUUUUUGAGCGCUUUAAGGCAUAUAUAUAUAUAUAUAUUUUUUUUUGCGGUACGCGGGCAUCUCACUGUUGUGGCCUUUCCCGUUGCAGAGCACAGGUUCCAGACAUGCAGGCUCAGCGGCCAUGG